UGAGCACCUUGCUUCGUUUUCCUACGCACCAUCAUGGCUGAUUCAGAAGAUUCAAAUGGCCCCUCAAGUACAAUUCGACCCAGAAAAAGACGCGCUCUACGAGCCUGUACAUCGUGUAAGAAGAGGAAAGUGAAAUGCGAUGGUGCUACCAUGCCAAAUAAUAUAUGCACUUCAUGUAUCAGUCUCGAUGUAGAAUGUGAGUAUUCUCCGGAGCAGAAGAGAAGAGGCCCAAAAUCCAAAUUGGCCCAGCCGCAGCUUCGAAACGAUGUUCAAGCCCUCAUCUCCACAAUUCUCUCUGCUCAACGACUCGUUGUGAUACCUUCUGAUGAGACACUUGUCCGGGACAUGCUUGUCGACCUAGCAACCUAUGCACGAAGCUUGGAGCAGCAAUUAGAGCGAGCCCAGAUGCAACUAGAACAAGCUCAAUCUCCCUCUUCUUAUGCUAUGCCAUCUACCUUCAGAUCAAGCCCUGCCAACUUUAACAGUCACAAUGAAGACAACCCACAGGAUUUGUUUUCACUUCGAGUAAAGAAAGUUAGCUUGGACCAGGGUGACCAGUCGUACCAGAGGCAUGUUGGGUCCUCUAGCCAUUUCAUGUUUAUGCGGACUGCUUUGGAGAUACGAGACAAAAUGAGUAGCGAAAAAGAGAGUCUCGGCUUUUUAGGAAAGAGAAGGAAUGACUUGUGGGACGAGUUUUGGAUUCGACAACCUUGGCACCACUUUCCACCCGAGCCUGUAGACCCUCCACAUAUCUUUCCUCCAGACGAUCUUCUCCGAAGCCUCAUUGGUAUAUAUUUUGAUCUGCAGCACAAUAUCUACCCUCUUCUUCAUCGGCCAAUCUUCGAAAGAGAGGUGUUCACGAAUAAACUUCAUACAAGUGACCGACGUUUCGGAGCCGUUGUCCUUGCCGUAUGUGCUGUAGGAGCCCGGUUGUCGAAUGAUCCACGAAAUGAUGAAACCCUUUAUGAUGGGACGGACGACGAACGGUCAUUGGGAUGGAAAUACUUCAGUCAGAUUCGCAUGGUGAGAACAAACUUUACAGAACAUCCGUCACUGUAUGAAGUUCAACUCUACGCGUUGGCUCUCCUUUUCAUGUUCCCUACUCCUGUUGGUGAUGCGGGAUGGUCAACAUGCGGGUUAGCAGUACGCUUCGCACUAGAAGUUGGAGCGCAUCGCAAGCAAUAUAUAGCGAAUAAACCAAAGCAAGAUCGGAUAGAGGCGGAGCUUUGGAGGCGGGCAUUCUGGAAUAUUGUGACAACCGACCUGGUAAUGAGCAUUGCGUUGGGAAGACCAAGAUCGGUCAAGGAAGAUGAUUUCGACGUUGAACUUCCUCUUGAAUGCGAUGAUGAAUUCUGGGAACACCCUACGGACCCAUUUGUACAACCCAAGGGGCAAAUAUCUCAGAUGUCUUUUUGGUAUCAAAAUGUCAAGCUUCUGCGUAUCGUUGGGCUUGUCAAAGACAACCUAUAUUCCACACGGAAAUCAGCGCCAUGGUUGGAUUCAUCGGCCGCAAGCAAUGCCGACAUCGUCAUAGAAAUUGACUCUGCGUUGAACAACUGGCUCGAUGCUCUUCCAGACCACUUGAAGUGGAAUCCACACCAUCCAGAUGACAACGCUUUCGUGCAAUUGGUCGCGUUACAUGGAAAUUAUUACUGGGUGCAGAUCCAAGCACAUAAACUCUUCAUACGUUCGGAUUCGCUCUCGACUAGCAGUUUUCCGUCAUUGGCGAUAUGUACGAACGCCGCACGAUCGUUUGCACAUAUAAUUCAAGCGUACCAUUCUCGCCCGAAUUCUUUCAUGCUAUCACUAUUCAUAGCCCCAAUGUUCCUCAGCGCAACUAUGCUUUUGAUAAAUACAUGGACCAGCCUUCGUGCCAAGGCGAACUACGAUCCCAGAAAAGAUAUGAACGAUGUUUCUAAAAUAUUGCAGAUACUGAGUAUAUACGAGAAGAGACUUGAGAUGGCAGGGCGCGUCCGGGAAAUGCUUCUGGCUGUCAUGGGAAUUGAUCAUAUGACCCUUACAGCGUCGCCGGAAAAGCCAGCUUUGAAACGUUCGAGGCCAUCCGAUACCCCCAUGAAAGACAACACCACGCUCACCAGUAAUCAUUCGCGAGUAGUUAGGGACGAAGACAGUAUCGAACAAGAUAGUGAAGGAUGGGCUGAUUUCAGUACCGCGCUACAUUCCACUGGUUCUCAACAAGUUGUAAGUGCGAUACGCUCGUCGUUCCAAGUUGAUGACAACUAUGCUCCGAAUACACUUGCACCAAUCCAACCGAUCUCGAUAUCUCCAAUCCAAGGAAGUGGCUCUAGGAGUAGCUUGACAAUGUUCGAUCCAGUCCGCGAAUCUUCGGCUUCACACCGUCCAACAUCCAUUAAUAUGCAAAUAAAUGAAAUGCCGACCCAGCUCCCAACGCCCACAUACACUGACCUAGGACCGAUCGAUCCUGUGACUUCUGCUUGGGGAGACCCGGGGUGAGUUACUUAUCUCGGUCGAUUAAUGAGAUCCUGAGGCUAAUGUAACGUUUCUUUGUCCAGUCAUGAAGACUGGGGGUCGUUCAUGUCGAAGGUGGAUGACUUACUUUUGUUCAUAAAUCCCGAUGGGAGUUAGAACAUUAGCUUUCUGUAUACAAUUAUGUAAUUUUGCAUUGAUAUUUCUGGUAGCGGCGGCAAUUGUAAGCAUAUG